AUGGCCCACAACUCAGUUCAACGGACGGCUCCCAUAGCCAUUGCUCCGAAGCCUCCGAGGCGGGAUCUGGCACCCCAACGACAGGACGGUUCAUGUAAAUUUGAGAUUGGUCCCAGCAGUGUUCAAACUGGGGCCUCUGUUGAGUCUUCUGCCGGGUCGAUCCUUACACCAUGUCAAACCUGUCAGUUUUCUGGAGCCAAAUGCGUUCUGAGUGACGACGAGGACGGACCCGCCGCUUGUCAAGCCCACGGUUCCGAGUGCUCUCUCUUAUCAAGCUCCUUGGCGAGUCCUCAGUCUCGCAAGAGGAAAAUGAACGGAGUGCCAGCCCGCGAGGCCACUUUUGGUAAACGAAGCUCACCAAGCAUUUCUACUCGCAAACUCGGCAAUUCCAGCUUAUCCAGCACGGCUGUUAGUAGCUCCUUUCUGGAAGACCUGGCAAAUGUCGGCGGACCAACAAUACUCAAGAAGACUCUUGGCAUGCAGAGUGAUCGAUUCAGUCAAUACGUUGGGCUUACCACGGACUUUGAGCCAUCGCUUAUCAAUCUCUCCACUUUCGAUCCGCAGGACGAAAGUCUCUUGGCCAGAGGCACCUUGAGAAAGGUAAGCGACAAUGACACCUUUCUGAUGCUGCCGGACAACAGUACUCCAGGAUAUGAUCAUGUCAUGGAAGACGUGGAUGCCAUUGAGGCCGUGGUAUCGCCACAUGGGCGUCAUUUGAUUGACUUGUACUUCCGUAUCAUCCAUCCAGCCUUUCCAAUCAUUCAGAAACACGUCUUCUUGGAAAAGUACGAGCGAUCCCAUCGAGAGUUCUCACCGCCCAUCCUAGCAGCGGUAUACAUUUUAGCCAUUAAUUGGUGGGAUCACAGUGACAAGCUCUCGACUCUACCUCGUCCUGAUGUACGAGAACUCGAGAGACUCAUCUGUACCGCACUAGCAGAUGCCAUGAACAGACCUAAAUUGUCCACUAUCCAGGCUGGCUUGCUUCUAUCUCAGCGUCCACAGGGGGACCAGUGGGCGCCAACAGCUCAACUUGUAGCCAUUGGUCAGGAGCUCGGGUUGCAUCUGGAUUGUUCAAACUGGAAGAUACCUCCUUGGGAAAAGGGGUUGAGGCGAAGGCUGGCCUGGGCCUUAUUCAUGCAAGACAAAUGGGGCGCCCUGGUACACGGACGACCGUCCCAUAUCUUCCCAUCCAACUGGGGCGUGCGAGCUUUGACUGCCAACGACUUUCCAGACGUCGAAUGGGAUGAGAAUGACUCAGAUGAGAGACAAGAUAUUGAAAAGGGCAGACUUUUAUUUACUUGGUUUGUGCAGCUGUCUGAAAUCCUGGCAGAGAUCCUUGAGACAUUUUACACGUUGAACUCGACACAGAAUAUUGCCGAUGCGGGCAUUCAAGGCAUCCCACUUGUUUUGUCCCUGGCCAAACCUGUUCAGCUGAAGCUCAAGGAGUGGUAUAGCGGUCUGCCCGCGAGCAUUCGACUCGAGUCCUACUCUUUAGCGAGCUUUUCUCCCGCUUCGCCACCCGCGACGAACAGAUCAUCCAGCAUUGGAUAUCUGCACCUGGGAUAUUUCGCUACGGAAAUCACGCUACACCGCAGGAUCAUUCGGUCAUUGGCAUCGAAUACAGCCGCUGUAGAUCCCUAUGUCCAGCACAUCUGUCGAAGCGCAGCAAAGGCCCGUCUCAUCUCGGCCAUGGACUUUGUCAAUCGACUGACUCCGAACCACUUGCGUUCGUUCUGGUUUUUUGCAUCCAAGACCAACUUUGCACUGAUCGGAACAUUUGGCUCCCUGUUGUGGGCGACGUCUCCAGGUCGAGAAGAAGCCGAUUGGUACCGCCGCCGCCUAGGGGAGUAUCGAUGGACUCUGUCAGUGAGCUCCAAACCUGGCGGGAGUAAAGGCCUGACGCAGUUCGCAAUAUCCAUGCUGGACAUCUCGACUGGGUUGCUGAAAAAGCUACCGGAAAAGCCGUCGAUGAGUCGGAGCGGUAGCCUGGCGGACAUGUCAGCGCCAUCCGGCCCGCCUUCGUAUCCGGGGUCGUUCUCCGGUUGUGGAAGUCUGAUGGGCCAAUUCAGCAAUAUACACAGCGCUGAUGUGAGCAGCGCACAAAGUCCCCGAACUGAUGAGUCGAGUAGUGGCGACGAGAUGGAUGACAGCUAUGCGACCCCGAUAUAA